AUGCGCAUUACCUGCUUCUACUUUGCAGCAGCCAAGGACGUGACCGGAGUCAACGAGUCGGUCUUUGACGUUGCCGACGGUACCUCGCUGCAGACGCUGCUGAGUGACUCGAUUCUCUCGGCCUUCCCCGCUCUGACUCAUCUGGCCACUUCCUCGGUCCUUGUUCUCAAUCUCGAGUACCUCGACGACGGCGCCGAUCCGGUUCUUCACGACGGCGACGAAGUCGGCUUCAUCCCUCCCAUUUCUGAGACGCCACCAUCAGUUCCGGCCGAGCCGGUGGAGCAAGCUGUCGGUCCUGAUGGCGCGGACCUUGUGCUGCUCUCCGACGGCCCGCUUGACAUCGGCGCCUUGUAUGAAAGGGCUCUGGCGUCUGGUGCAGGCGCAGUUUCCAUGUUCUCGGGAGUGACGCGCGACAACUUCAACGGCCAGCCUGUGGAGCGACUCGAGUACGAGGCGUAUGGGCCGAUGGCCAUGCGCGAGAUGGCCAAGAUCUGCGCCAAGGCACGCGAGCAGUGGCCGGACCUCCUGCACGUUGUCAUCGCCCACCGCAUUGGCACCGUUCCGGUCUCGGACGCGUCGGUGGUCAUUCUCGCCUCGUCGCCGCAUCGCGCUGAGUCGCUGGCAGCCGUCACCUGGGCCAUCGACGCGCUCAAGGCCUCGGUUCCGAUCUGGAAGAAGGAGUUCUACGCUGCUGCGCCAGCCGAUGACGGCGUCGAGAUCGAGCCGCCGCCGCCGUCGCGAUGGAAGGCCAACUCGGAAUGCUUCUUCCACGGCCACCACGGCCAUGGGGCCGGCGCAUCAAAACGAUAA